CAAAAAGAUUCUUUAUUGUAUUAGAUGAUGUAUGGGAAAAAGAUGUAUGGGAGGAUUUGCUUAGAUAUGCCAUUGAAAAUGCAACAUCUACCGGCAAGAUUGUAAUUACCACUCGAGAUAGGAACGUGGCUGGAAGUAUUGUAACAGAGGGAGCAGAGAUCCAUCAUGUUGAUAAAAUGGAUGACCACAGUGGUUGGAAAUUGCUCUGCAAGAUAGUCUUUGGAGAUAAUGAUGAUGAGGAGGAGGAGAUCUCUAGCUUACAAGAAAUUGGGGUUAAAAUUGUUAAAAAAUGCGGCGGUCUUCCUCUUGCAAUCAAAACCAUUGGAGGGGUUUUAAGGUCGAAGGAGAGAAGCAACGUGGAAUGGAAUAAGAUUCUCAAAAGUGAUGCCUGGUCUAUGAGCCAACUUCAAGAACAACUCCCCAGAGCUCUAUUUUUAAGCUAUGAAUAUUUACCAUCUGAUCUCAAACAGUGUUUUCUAUACUGUUCGUUGUUUCCUGAGGAUUUUACCAUGGAUCGCGGUGAACUUAUUCGUUAUUGGGUGGCUGAAGGCUUUGUAAGAAGAGCAGAGGGAGAUACAAUUAUGGAAGAUUUAGCAGAGGAUUUCUAUAGGGAGUUAAUCGGGAGGAAUCUUUUACAGCCAUGUGAUAAGUAUGGUCGCUUGAGUGACGUAGCUGGCAAUUACUGCAAGAUGCAUGAUCUGCUACGUUCCCUUGCUCAUUUUUUGAUGCGUGAUGAGAGCAUUUUUCUUGGUGAUCACGAACAAUCACCUAACGCAAAUCCUUUGAGUAAACUACGUCGUUUGUCAAUGGUUAACACAGGGGAGAUACUAGAAGUUCCUGAUGUAAUGAAACAGCAAAAAUGCCUAAGAACUCUUCUUGUUUGGAGGAGUUUAAAGUUGCCGAUGGUCGAGAAUGAACUUUUUGAAAGUUCGACGUUUCUACGAGUCAUGAACCUGAGCGGUACGAGACUUGAGAGCCUCCACUCCAUCGGAGAUCUUUUGCAUCUGAGAUAUUUAAAUGUUUCUGGGACGGAUAUCGAAGAGUUGCCAGAGUCCAUCGGAUGCCUGGUAAACCUAGAGGUAUUGAACCUAUCAGGUUGUGGAUACUUGCAUACUCUCCCUAAGGCCAUCACCAAAUUGUGCAAUCUAAGAUGCCUUUGUAUUGAAGAAACUCCAUUAACUCAUGUGCCAAAGGGAAUAGGCAAAUUAAAACAUUUGAACCAUCUUCAAGGAUUUGUGAUCGGCCAUGAUGAUAGAAGAGAUGAUGAGGGGUGUGAUUUGAAGGAGCUACAAUCUCUGUCCCGGCUGAGAUUCCUGGAGAUAAACAAUUUGAAGAGGGCACAACCAAGCGGAGCUUUGGUACUCGCAAACAGCCGCUCUCUGAGGACAUUAAUUUUGAUGGGGGAAGCAAUGGAAAGCCCGAGUAAUGACGAGGAAGAAGCAAUGGCAAUCCAGAGUAAUGAAGAGGAAGAAGCAAUUUCAAUCCAGAGAAAUGACAAGAUUUAUAAUGAGCUCUCUCCUCAAUCCACCCACCUACAGAAACUCAAGAUUUAUGACUUCAUCGGUACUGGAUUUUUGGGCUGGAUGAUGUCCUCUCCUUUGAGUGCCUCUUUUCCUAACCUGACAUCCAUAAAAUUAUGUAAUUGUAUAUCAUUCCCACAACUUCCUCCACUGGGCCUGUUGCCCCAGCUGAAAUCCCUUUGCAUUUGGAGAAUGCGUGCAAUCAAAACCAUCGGACCUGAAUUUCUUGGCCCCCGUGCAUCGUCAGCAGCGACUUCAUUUCCCAAGCUUGAACAGCUGAAAUUUGAAGAGAUGACCAACUGGGAAGAAUGGUCGUUUGGUAUGGUGGAGGGGGUUGGUGAAGAAAGAAGAGGAGCCCCCAAGUUGCUACCUUGUCUAACGAAGUUGGAACUAUUUAAUUGUCCCAAGCUGAGAGCUCUUCCUCCACUGGGCCUGUUGCCCCAGCUGACAUUCCUUGCGAUUGGAGCAGGUGCAAUCAAAACCAUCGGACCUGAAUUUCUUGGCCCCCGUGCAUCGUCAGCAGCGACUUCGUUUCCCAACCUUGAAGGGCUGUAUUUUAAGGAGAUGUCCAACUGGGAAGAAUGGUCGUUUGGUAUGGUGGAGGAGCUUGGUGAAGAAAGAAGAGGAGCCCCCAAGUUGCUACCUCGUCUAACGAAGUUGGGACUAUUUAAUUGUCCCAAGCUGAGAGCUCUUCCAGAAGGCCUACGGCAUACCACCAAUUUACAGGAAUUGAAUAUCUAUGGAGCCGACAACGUAAAAGAAAUCAACAACCUUCCCUCACUGAAAUCUCUGAGAAUAGCGAAGCGCCCAAGGUUGGAGCACGUGGAGAAUCUUGAUAAGUUGCAAUACCUGAGAGUAGAUCUACAUUCUUAUUUCAUAGAGACAUCCACCACCGAUGCUGAUGGACGGACAGAGCACCUCCCACAGUGGUUAUUGGAGCUACUCCAAAAUGCAUCCACCACCGAUGCUGAUGGACGGACAGAGCACCUCCCACAGUGGUUAUUGGAGCUACUCCAAAAUGCUCCGGCUGCUAUGCAGAAUCUCAAAGAAUUUAAACUAACAUGCAGCUUACCACUUCUUAAGACCUUCCUCAAGGACGGCCCCAACUGGCCCAUCAUUCAGCCGAUCCCCCAGGUCAAGAUCAAUGGCACCUUCUCAUCAUAUAUUCGGUGUACCAAGGACCCUCCCUCUUUCGAAACCAACGUGGUGGAAUCAGAAGAAUCAAUGGACCGAUAAAGCAAGGGUCCACAUGCAUGCAAGCAUCCUCUUUUCAUUGAGAUACCAAGAGGAUCACCGGCUGCUCAGGAUUUUCCUCAUCUUUCGCUUGAUGCUUUUUCCCCCUCCUUUCAUGGUUCCGUUGUUUGAUUUGAAUCUUUCUGUUUGAUUUUAUUUUGCCUUCUGUAAUUUCUAUUUCCUGGAGUUCUAAUACAUUUGUAAUUUUUCUUUUCCUGUUGUUUUGAUGACAUUAUCAUUUGCUGGUGUGUAACUUUUAGAAAUUUGUAUGCAAUAAAUCAGUAGUUUUU